AGCUCGGCUGACAAGUUCCAAAUUCAAGUGUAUAUUUUGUACAACGGGAAUUUCCCAUAUUUUACUUAUUUUCUUCUUUUUUUGGAGCUUUUAGUUUUACCUCUCUUCUACCAAAAUUCCGAUUAAAACUACAGAAAAAAAAAACCAAACCAAAAACCGAAAACAAAUCACUAAACGAUACAAAAUCAAUUUCAAAGUCCAAUAGCCAAAUUAACCGACGAAAAUUGGAAGAAAUGAAUCCAGCACGAGUGCGUCAGCCACGCAUCAUGCAUCCGCAUCCGGAUCUGCAGAGGGUGCGAAAUGAGGAGAGACCACAUCAUGACUAUGAUCGUUUCAUACCGCCGCUGGUGGCAGCUCGACUACAGCUUGAGAAUCCCUUGGAUGUGGCACGAUUCGUGCAGAAUUUACGCAUCAUCUUACAGCGUCAACGUGUCCACUUCGAUAUGGGUGACGGCGACGGUGUUCAUGUGUGGAGCUUGCGGACACCGCCACGUUCCACCGAUCAGGAUGGCGGUGGCGAUGAGAUGAGACAAGAGCAGCAACAUCCACAUCCAUUGACUGUGAACGCCGAGUUGAGGCUUCUUGUGCAGGCAGACGAUGUGCUCAUCUGAAGCAAAAGUAUUUGUGGCCAUCUCAAGCGACGUCGUGAUGUCGAUUUGUGGAGCGACGAGCGACAAGCAGAAACGAUACUAAAAACUGGCAUUUGUUAUGUGGAUGUUACCGUCGAAUAUAGCCUAUAUCUUAACUCA